CCAUUGUCAUGUAUCAUUGUCUGCAGUCUUUACAAUAAACCGGAUUUCAAAAGGCCCCACCCUGCGUCGUUGACCGCAGGGGACAAGCUGAAGCCACCUAGUAGCAGUGUGUCGUCUCCUUUGUGGUCUCUCCGCAGGCUAUAAAGGCAUGGGACGGGGUCCCUGGGUAUCUCUCCGGCCCUCCCCUCUCUCUCCGUCGCUCUCCCUCUCUCGCCCAGCAUGAAGCUCCCUCAGCUGUUGGUCCUGGUGGUGGCGGGCCUGUCCUACGCCCGUGGCUCUGACCUGAGAUCUCUUCACCAGUUCCGGGCCAUGAUAAUGUGUGUGAUGCCUGACAGCUGGCCGAUGAUGGACUACACUGACUACGGCUGCUACUGCGGCCUGGGGGGUUCCGGGGCCCCAGUAGAUGACUUGGACAGGUGCUGCCAGGUCCAUGACCAGUGCUACAGUAACUCCAUGCAGCACGAUGGAUGCUGGCCCAUCUUCGACAACCCUUACACUGAACACUACUUCUACGACUGUAAAAACCAUGAGGUCACCUGCAGCGCAAGAAACGACAGGUGUGAGAGGUUCAUCUGUGAGUGUGACAGGAAGGCCGCAGAGUGUUUUGCCCGCUCCACAUGGAACCCAGAGCACGAGCACCUGCCUGGGAAACAUUGUAAAUAAAGGCCCCUGCUUUCUGAAGGCCGGCUACACCAUCAACCCUAUACAGCCUGCUGCUUGGCACGCUGUGUCGAAGCUAGCUGUAAAUAAAACACCAUGUCGGAAAAAACUGUGAAUUAAUUAAAUGUGUAUUAUGGGUUUAUAUUUGUGCUGUAGGAUGCUACAUCCAAAGUCAGUUAAGUUAAAAUUUGAGUAAAGGAGUAUUGUUAAAUUUGA